CUCGUCCUGCAAUGAUGUCGGUAUGCUCCUGCCAGAUGUCUCCGAGAUGCUGCUGUCGGCGGGGGUGGUGCUGUAGUGGGCUGCGCGAGUGUGCACUGGAAUUCACUAAGUCCCCACUGACGUUGGGCUUGGGCUCUCCCCACACAGCCGUGCUGUGCAUCGUUGACAUACUUAAUGAUCGCAAAUUCCUGCUUAGUCAUAAUGAAACUUGCAAUGAGUAAUUCGGGGGGGUAGUCGCCCAGCGGGCACCCUGGUAGAACUGUUACGAGCUUAAGUUUCCCCUUGAAGGUGGGUGGCGCAAGGUUUUUGCCCUUUUGCUUCGCAUAGGUAACGAAGCAUAUGCUUUUGCAUAGCAGUAUGGGCCAUAUUCCCCAGUUCCGAUAGCAAGAUCGAGUGCUGUGAGUGUGCGAUGGGAGGCCGCGUCCCGAUCCCAACAUUGCUGAAAUGUGAGGGGCUUCGUGGUCUGGUUGGUCUGGGAGAGGCACAUAUGGUGUGGCUUGCUUGAGCGCUGACUCCUUACUACCGGCCCACGCCAAGGUCGUGAGUUCGAUCACCAAGGGGAGCGCAUCCUUUUUUGGUCCCAUUGACAAGCGCGACAUGAGAAAACUCCCAGCCAAGUGCUUUCAAUUAUGAGAUGGCUGUGGUGUCGACGGUGCAGAUUUCUGAACAUGGUCGCAAUAUCAACGGGCAUUGGAGCCAAGACGUUGAGCUCAGACCAGCUCCUUUGUUGUUUUCUCUCCGUCCUUGGUGGCGCGUAGUCCUGACGACAGUCACGCACCUUCAUCAACCACCACUGCAUCAGCCGCCCGCCAUCGCGAGCGACAGCGACCGCAACACUAGCAGGACUAUGUCAAGCCAGCAGACCGCAGAGCUUCCGCCACGGCCGCGCGGCGGCCACGACAUCAACCUGACAGAGCGAGGCGGCAGCAAAAGCCCCCAUUGAUUCAGAGGCACGAGCCCGUCUAGUCGCCAAUCUGACCGACCGCGAAAUUGCCGAGCUCAAGAAGUACUUGACGCCAGAACUCACGGCGAGGCUCGCUCAAAGCAAUACCACCACCACGGCCCCGACAGCUCCCUCGACUGCACCCACCAACACUGCCGCAUUGGCAGCGCUGGCCACUACGACAGAAGACCUCCUUGCCAAACAGGCAGCUCAAUUGGCAGUCCACCUCAGUUCCAGGAGCAUGUGGAGGCGGAGAAUAGCAAGUCUGCUUAGGCAGCAACAGAAGCGGGAAAGAGUCUCGCGACAGCAGCGAUCGGGGUCUCCGUUGCAUCACGCGCUCGUAACUGGUAAGUCGGUCAUUGCAAACUCUGGAUCGGCCGUGCUAACUUCGCCAGUACGCAUGGCCUGAGUUUGGUCUAGCAGAAGCAGAUGACUUUCCAUGGAGACGACCGGGCCUCGUCCAGUUGAGGCUGAUGACUUUCCAUGGAGACGACGGGACCCCGUUCCGCAGAUGCGGAUGAUUUGUCGCGUAGAUCAAGGGUCUUCACGAAGAAUCACCAGCUUCUGCUGGGCGAGGCCCUGCCAUUUCCAUGGGAAGUCACCAGCCUCUGCUGGAAGAGGCCUCGCCGUGUCUAUGAGCGGUCAUCUACUCUGGAGACAGCGGGGCCUUAUCCAGCAGAUGCAGACGACUCGGUCAGGAAUUACAGAUCAGCAGAGGCAAUUGACCUUGCAUUGAUUCGGCAAGACGAGAGACGACGGAGCAGUGGCAAACAGUACGGACAAUUGAGCCCUCUUCCCGGUGUUCGCCAUGCGCCAACUCGGAACAGUGAUGAAGGACACUCCAGAAGUUUCGAUCAUGACCACUUGCAGAACUUCUCCCGGCGUGGCGGAAUGAGGCCAACUCCAGACAACCCACCCAAUGCCAUACGAACAGUGCCGAAGUGCGAGCAGACUUUUCAAAUCUUCGCCAACAGGACUCGCAGUUUCCAAGACCCUAGAUCAGGAUGCUGUCAAGUGGAGAAGUUGGAGAUGACGCCGUUGAUAGUAAAGCAAUUGCAGAUACACCGUCAACUUGGGCAUUGGACCGACUUCAUCUGGUUCUUCUUUUUCAUGCAUUGCACGCUCUGGGAACAAGAGCUAAUUACGCUCAUGCGCAGUGCAACGAUGCACUAUUGAGGUUUUCCUGUCCCGCUACGCCCAGAAUGACCGAUUUGCAGUGAACAUGCCCCCAUCAACAUGACCAGGCUGUAGAUGAUGGAGACGAGAGCAGACUACGGCUCCCGUCGCCGCUCUCAGCCCGCCCAGCGUUGACCACGGAGGCCAAGGGCUAAUGUGGUCCACUAUCCACUGCGGUUCCAGCAGCUAGUUGCAAGCCCACGGCGAUGUUGCACCCCCCCAUUCUUUCCAACUCUUUCGUUCUCUUGCACUGCUCCAUCUCCCGCCGGCGCCAUUUGCAGUUCGAUGCUACGUCGCAUCAACCCAAGCAUCCGCCCAUGCAGCGCGUAACAUGGAGCGUCCUUUCAAGGAGCAUGAUACAAGCUCAAGUAUGACUGCCGCCUACGUCCUGCUUGA